AUAUUUAUGUGAUGACAAUCAGACUUAUUUGUUUGUUAUCAAUGCUUAUUGGCGCAUUUAAAUAAUGUCAAUAAGUGACACUUAAUACAUGUACAGUAUGGAUGAUUUCAAUACUUAUUAUGAUGAAAUUGAUGAGGAGCUUAUACAAGCCUAUCUCAAUGGAGAGACCAUGGACCCAGAGCUGGAGGCUUUUCUCGCCUCAUACCAGAAAGACUACGAUCAAGAGUAUGAAGAGGUGGCCAGUCUAUCGCUUUUGGAGCUCGGAGAAAGCUGUAUGCUUCCAGUGCUGACAGGGGCCUUAAAGGUCCUGCUUCCCCUGUUGGCCUUAUCCUUUUUAUUCAAACUUGUAUCAAAUCUGUGGAAGCCAGAUGGUGGAGACACUGGAAUUCCCCGCUCAUUCCUACACUUGACAAGUGCCCUUUUUGGGGUAUUGGCUCUGCACCUGGUAUUUUCGCGUGACUUGGUGUAUGUGUUGUACUGCUGUUGUCUGAUCUACCUUACAUUGCUUGCCGUCCAUGUCCUACAUCGACAGUACUGUGGAAUUGCUGUCUCUACCAUUGUUGUUGUGUAUAUUAUAGUGUGUGAGCUCUACCUAGUGGAGGAGACAACAUGGCAUAAAGUUCGAGGUGCUCAGAUAAUCAUGGCCAUGAAAGUUAUCGGUUUAGCCUUUGAUGUUGCGAGCGGAGCAGAACAGAUGCCGUCCAUGUCAGAGUACCUUGGCUAUGUGUUGUGUGUUGGCACUGUAAUAUUUGGUCCCUGGAUCAGCUUCCAAGAUUACAAAAACAUGCUGUCUCAAGAUCAUAAAUCUAUGAAUAUGGGGUGGCUGUUUUGUGUUGCAAAAAGUGCUGCUGUGAGCUUGGCAUGCAUGGUCUACUCCACCUGUCUCCUCACAAACUGGCUUGUCCCUAGUUCUAGUUACAAGUGGAUACUAGCUUACCGAGAUGCCCAGUCUUUCCGCUUUAGUCAUUACUUUGUCAGCUUUGCAUCCGAGACUUCUGCAUUACUUUGUGGACUUAGAGGUUCAUUUUACAAGGAAAACGAGUCUCGUUGGUCAGUGACCAAACCCCAACACAUAGAGGUACCGAGAUCCUUGGUGGAAGUGGUCACUUACUGGAAUCUUCCAAUGCACUACUGGCUCAAAACAUAUGUGUUUAAACCGUCCCGGAUAUUUGGAACAUUUGUGGCAGUUAUUCUGACAUAUGCUGCUAGCUCUUUACUACAUGGUUUAAAUUUCCAGCUAGCUGCCGUUCUUUUUUCGUUAGGAUUUUAUUCGUAUGUUGAAUUUGUUUUUAGGAAUAAGUUGUCCAGAAUAUUCAGUGCCUGUAUCCAAGCCAAGAGGUGCCCUGAUGACUGUGGUCAUGAUUAUAAGUCGUAUCAUCCCUUAGUACUCCUGACAAAUGUGUGUUUUGGAUUGUUGGCUCUAUUUCAUCUGGCAUACCUUGGUCUCAUGUUUGACAGCAGUAGAGAACAAGACAAGGGUUACACAAUGAAACACACACUAGAGAAGUGGGCCAACCUCGACUAUGCCAGCCACUGGGUUGUUCUCGGGACUUAUAUAUUCUAUCUGAUCAUUUAGACCAACAUCUGCUGAACACUAAUGGGAUGUAGUCUUAAGUAGGGAGAUACUGUUGUUAGAUUUACAUGCAUGUAAGCCUAGGCAAUUUUUAUAUGCCAAUCCACCGAGGGUUGUAUUGUGGUAUGUGUUGUCUAUCUCUCCGUUCAUUUGUCAGUGUGUCCAUUAACUUUUUCUUUUUAGUGUUCUCUUACCUUUAUUUACACACUGAGUUGAAUUAAACUUGCUACUGAUAUUCCAUACUUACAUAGUUUGAACAAGUCAUUGUUACAGAAUAUUAUGGUUAUUUUUUGCAGAGUUAUAGCCCUUCUUUUCGGCAAAUAUUUGUAUUAUUUAGAAAUAGUAAAACCUUUAUUAAUUUCCUGUUAUUUUCAUUGAACUUUGAUAUUGUGAUGCAAGAAGCAAUGGGAUUUAAUAUAUAGUAGGUUUUCUAUGUGGUCUCAUGUUUUCAGAGUAAUGUUCCUUUCUUUCAGUUUUCUAGCCAUCACUUUAAAACUCGGUAUGCUUUGAUUUAUCAUCAGAACAUAUAAUGCUAUUUUCCCUCUUGACAUUUUGACGAGUUACUACCAUUUCUAUAUUUAUACUCAUUUUGACAUAAUAAAUUCUGAAUUUGUCUUUGACGUGGGACAAGUGUAUGUUGUUCUGUCCCACGAUAUUCUUGUUAAAUGUGAACUUUAUUUUUAUACCUAUUGUACUACAUUGUGGUGUCUUUUAAUGGUUUGUAUAUUUAUGGAUCUGAAACUCAUAAUUUAUUAUUGUUUUUGUAAUGGUCAAUGAAAGCUAUGCAAUAGUAAACAGGGACCUCACAGGGUAGGAAGACAAAGUCUUCAUGGUAAGCUUAUAUGAUGAGAGAACAAAUUUGAGGGUGAGGUCUAAGCUUAUAUGAUGAGAGAAAAAAUUUGAGGGUGAGGUCUAAGCUUUUAUGAUGAGAGAACAAAUUUGAGGGUGAGGUCUACGUUUUUAUGAUGAGAGAACAAUUUUGAGGGUGAGGUCUAAGCUUUUAUGAUGAGCGAACGAAUUUGAGGAUGAGGUCUAAGCUUAUAUGAUUAGGGAACAAUUUUAAGGGUGAGGUCUAAGCUUAUAUGAUGAGUGAACAAUUUUGAGGGUGAGGUCUAAGCUUUUAUGAUGAGAGAACAAAUUUGAGGGUGAGGUCUAAGCUUAUAUGAUUAGGGAACAAUUUUGAGGGUGAGGUCUAAGCUUAUAUGAUGGGUGAACAAUUUUGAGGGUGAGGUCUAAGCUUUUAUGAUUAGAGAACAAAUUUGAGGGUGAGGUCUAAGCUUAUAUGAUGAGAGAACAAAUUUGAGGGUGAGGUCUACGUUUUUAUGAUGAGAGAACAAUUUUGAGGGUGAGGUCUAAGCUUAUAUGAUGAGUGAACAAAUUUGAGGGUGAGGUCUAAGCUUUUAUGAUGAGUGAACAAAUUUGAGGGUGAGGUCUAAGCUUUUAUGAUGAGAGAACAAUUUUGAGGGUGAGGUCUAAGCUUUUAUGAUGAGCGAACAAAUUUGAGGAUGAGGUCUAAGCUUAUAUGAUUAGGGAACAAUUUUAAGGGUGAGGUCUAAGCUUAUAUGAUGGGUGAACAAUUUUAAGGGUGAGGUCUAAGCUUGUAUGAUGAGAGAACAAAUUUGAGGGUGAGGUCUAAGCUUAUAUGAUGAGUGAACAAAUUUGAGGGUGAGGUCUAAGCUUUUAUGAUGAGUGAACAAAUUUGAGGGUGAGGUCUAAGCUUUUAUGAUGAGAGAACAAAUUUGAGGGUGAGGUCUAAGCUUUUAUGAUGAGAGAACAAAUUUGAGGGUGAGGUCUAAGCUUAUAUGAUGAGAGAACAAUUUUGAGGGUGAGGUCUAAGCUUAUAUGAUGAGUGAACAAAUUUGAGGGUGAGGUCUAAGCUUUUAUGAUGAGUGAACAAAUUUGAGGGUGAGGUCUAAGCUUUUAUGAGGAGAGAACAAUUUUGAGGGUGAGGUCUAAGCUUUUAUGAUGAGCGAACAAAUUUGAGGAUGAGGUCUAAGCUUAUAUGAUGAGAGAACAAUUUUGAGGGUGAGAUCUAAGCUUUUAUGAUGAGAGAACAAUUUUGAGGGUGAGGUCUAAGCUUUUAUGAUGAGCGAACAAAUUUGAGGGUGAGGUCAAGCUUUUAUGAUGAGUGAACAAUUUUGAGGGUGAGGUCUAAGCUUUUAUGAUGAGAGAACAAAUUUGAGGGUGAGGUCUAAGCUUAUAUGAUGAGAGAACAAUUUUGAGGGUGAGGUCUAAGCUUAUAUGAUGAGUGAACAAAUUUGAGGGUGAGGUCUAAGCUUUUAUGAUGAGUGAACAAAUUUGAGGGUGAGGUCUAAGCUUUUAUGAUGAGAGAACAAUUUUGAGGGUGAGGUCUAAGCUUUUAUGAUGAGAGAACAAUUUUGAGGGUGA